GAAUUCCUGGAGAAUUCCUGGAGAAUUGGAUGAUCCCAGCUCAUUUUAGCUGGGAUGAGGAGAUCCAAGAGGAGGCACCUGACGGCUCCGGAAUGCCGAGCUCUGGCCGAGAGCUCCGAGGUUCCGUCGGCGUUGCGGCAGCCGCGGCACCUGGAGCGAGGAAUCCGCGGCCUUCGUCCCAUCCCGCGCCCUCGGAGCCGCUCCACAGCCCCCGGCCGGCAGAGGAGCAUCCUGGAUUUCUGCGGGAUCCGGAGCCGUGGGAUCGAGGAGGAUCCGUCGGAUCCCUGUUCCCCUUCUCCUCCAGAUUCCUGCCUUUUCCAGCAUUCCCAGCUCUCCGUGCCACCUCCAACUGCACAUUCCAGGAAAAGACCUCUUCCCUCUGCACCCUCAGGAAUUCCCACCCCAGAGCUGGAUCUUUGGGAUGAACCCCAGGAGAAAAUUCCCGAACUGCUCCAGCAGGAAUGGGAAGAGCUGGAAGUGGAGCCUCUUCCCGAUUCGCACUACGGCCUCCUGGGCACUCGGAACUGGGAAUUCCCUCAGGGAUCCAUGGAUUCUCUUCCUGCUGAAAUCCUCAGGAAUAUUUUUGCUCUUCUGCCGGUGCUGGAUCUGUACCAAAACCUGAGCCUGGUCUGUCAUUCCUGGCGGGAAAUUAUCCGGGAUCCGCUGUUUAUUCCAUGGAAAAAGCUCUACCACCGCUACCUGAUGGGGGAGCGCUCGGCCCUGCAGGGGGUGGAGCAAAUCCUGCAGGAAUUUUCCAUCACCAAGGAAAACCAGGAAUGUGUCCUGGGGCUGGUCAGGUUGGUGGCAUCCAAGGGAGCCAAGGUGGAUCCCAACGCUCUUCUCCGGAUUUUGGGAAGUCAUCCCCUCUUCCCAAAGGCUCAAAUCUGUGUCCACAACAAAUUCCCAGAUUUACUGAGGAAGCCUGGGCCUGAGAGGAUGUGGGCGAUCUUCGCCGUCAUGGUGCUGUUUUCCGACGGCGUCGGCGACAUCCGGAGCCUCCUGGAAUAUUUCCGGAGCUGCCGCUCGGAGCUGGCGCCGCUGGAGGCGACCGAGGUUCUUCACUGCAUGGCCACGGUGCUCCGUGCCAUGAGGGACCGGAGCAUUCCCGUCUCCAACAGGAUUCACUACAAUAUUUUCUAUUGUUUGUAUCUGAUGGAAAAUUCCUCUGGAAUUGCUCAGCCUCUGGAAGAGGGAAGAGAGGAUUUGUGUUCCAG